UCACACCGGUGGUGUCAGUUGAGGUGUGUUAUGUAACGGUCGCUAAAAGCCAAAGGAUAUUUUAAAUUAUUUUUUGUGCAGCAAGGACAGUUUCGUUUCUGAGAGAAGGACAGGAAAAAGAGAGGGAUUAACUUUACACGGACUGAAAUGAUCAUAGACUGCGGCUGAUUUAGGAACAGAGCACUGGAUGUCUCAUGACAAUGAUUUCAAAUGACUGGAGUGAGCGCUAACUGUGAACUUUGAACAAAGAUUUACUUUAAUUUACUAGUCCCAGUUCAUGAUUCCCUUUCUAUAAUGUUGGAGGGACUUGUUGCCUGGGUGCUCAACACAUACCUGGGCAAAUAUGUGAGCAACCUAAACACAGACCAGCUCUCCGUUGCUCUUCUUAAAGGUGCAGUAGAGUUGGAGAACCUCCCACUUAGAAAAGAUGCACUAAGAGGAUUUGAUCUGCCCUUUGAAGUCAAAGCAGGCGUCAUUGGGAAGAUUACCCUUCAAAUUCCAUUUUACCGACCACACAGCGACCCAUGGGUCAUCUGCAUGUCACAGCUGAAUCUGAUUAUUGGCCUGGCCCAUCCACAGGAAUAUGAUGAGGUGCAAGAAAGGGAAGCUGAGAGAGAGCAGAAGAAACAGCUGCUCAAAGCACUAGAGGACAAAUGGAUGAGUGAAUGUGAGCAGAAGGGAGAAUCAUACUGGUAUUCUGCUACAGCCUCUGUUGUCACUAGAAUUGUUGAGAAUAUUGAGCUGAAAAUUCAAGGUGUCCAUUUGCGAUUUGAAGAUGAUUUUUCCAACCCUGAGAAACCCUAUGCCUUUGGCGUUUGUAUCAAGAAUGUAUCUGCACAGAACUGCUCCAAAGAACCAACUCAGAAGCUUAUUCGGCAAAAGGAGCUGGAAAUCAAUGAAUUUAGUGUCUACUGGGACACAGAGUGUACCAUGCUUGGAGAUCUUCCCUCAGCAGAAGUACAGGAGCUGAUGAGUAAAUGUAUGCAGAGCCGUGAGCAUCAAUAUAUAUUUGAGCCAGUGUGUGCCUCUGUGUUGGUGAGGAGAAAUGCCUCCAAGGAGCCGUUAAGAUCUCGUCAGACACCUCGCAUUGAGGGCCAAGUACAACUGGAACCCCUCUCAAUUCGCCUGUCACAGGUUCAAUAUCAGCAGAUCAUGGCGUUCCUUAAAGAACUGGACCGGCGAGAGAGGGAGAUGCUUUUUCGAAAAUGGAGACCUAAACUUUCUAUCCAUGAAAACUGUCGGCAGUGGUGGAUGUUUGCCAUUAAUGCCAACCUGUAUGAGAUCAGGGAACAGCGCAGACGAGAAAGUUGGGAUUUUGCACUGCACAGGGCGUGUGAUGCCAAAUGCUAUACUAGCUUGUAUGUCCAGAAGCUUAAGGGAGUUACUUUGAGUUCACAGGAGGAGAGUGAUAUGGAAAGGAUUGAGGAUGAACAGACACUGGAGGAGCUGCUGAUUCUCAGGGAAACUGUUUAUGUCUCUUUCCGCAAGCAGGAGGAAAUUGCUGAGAGUCUUCGAGAGCCCUUAAACGAGACCCCUGUCUCCUCUCCCACUGGUUCCAUCCCUAAAAGUGGGAGUUCUGGGAUGAUCCAGUACCUGCAGUCUUGGUUCCCAGGCUGGGGUGGUUGGUAUGGGGGUGCUGAAAGAGGGCCAGAUGGCCAGCCAGUUACAGAUGACCUUUUAUCAGGCACUGCACAGUGGGAAAUUCUUGCUGAGACCGAUGAUCUCUUUGAUCCUUUGGAGGAUUCACAAACACUGAAUACCUUUACGAGAAGGGAUCAUCUCUUUGCACGGCUGGACUUUUUACUUGAGAAAGCAGCUGUCACCCUCUACCAUCAAGACAAUAAGAAACCUCUUUUGAGUGAGAGUGGUGUCAUUCAACUGGAGUUUUCAGGUGUAAACAUUGGGAUUGAGACUCUUCCUCGUUCUGAGUCCUCUUUACUCACAGUGAAACUUGGUGGGCUGUUUCUCCGUGACCUAACUACCCAGGGCUCUAUCUUUCCUGUCCUUGUCUCACCGAAACCGGAUAAAGUCGUUGUUGCUAUCAGUCAACCUUUUGGCCAAACUAACAGCACAGAAACCAGCAGUCUGGCCUCUGAUGUGGAGUCAUCAUCACCUCCUCUCUUUGAGAUGAUUUAUGAACGUAAUCCAAUAAGGAGCAAAGUUGAGAGGAGACUGGAGGUCAAUACCAGCCCUCUCAAUAUCAUUUAUAACCCUCAGGCUAUCAAGAAAGUGGCUGAGUUUUUCUACAAAGGAAGGGUCCACACCUCAGGGUUUGGAUAUCAAUCUGAGUUAGAACUGAGGGUGGCUGAAGCAGCCAGGAGGCAAUACAACAAGCUGAAGAUGCAAACCAAAGCAGAAAUCAGACAAACCAUCGAUCAGCUACUAGUUGGAGAGUUCAUUGAGAACAGUAAGCACUGGACUAUGAAAUUGGAUAUAUGUGCCCCUCAAGUCAUAUUCCCUGAUGAUUUUCAGUCUGAAGACCCCAUGCUAGUGGUGGUCGAUCUUGGACGUAUUCUUCUUACUAAUUCCCAUGAGGAUGAUAAAACAAAUCCUAAAACCUCUCAGACAGAAGGAGAGAGCGAUGAAGAGUUCCAGACACCACUAGCAACACCUCCUGGGUCUCCACCUCCAGAAGAGGUGGAAGUCAAAGGUCUGGAGAGGUCCUGUGAUAUUACCAGCCUUAAGUCACCAGAAGGUGCACAAAUUAUCUGCAGGAACUUAUAUGAGAAGUACUCUCUAUCAUUCAAUGACCUUCAGAUCAUGGUUGGUCACUAUAAAGACAACUGGAAACAUCUACAGGAGAGUGAAGUGGGCCCCACUCAUGUAGUUGAGAAAUUCAAUGUGCUACUGCAGCUAGAGCAAAGACUGAGAUACACGUCAGACCCUCAGUUUCCAGGGGCUGUUCUCUCAGGAACCCUACCAGACCUCAAAGUGCACAUCAACCUGGAGAAAAUGACUGCCCUCAGGAGCUGCUUGGCUAGACUAGGUAGCUCAGGGGCAGAUGGAGUUACGGGUGACAAGAAGGGAGAGAAUCUCAGAUCUCCUGACCCUCUGAUGCUUCGUCAUGAGAAGAUUUUUCAAAGGGAAGAUAGUGAGUGGCUUCAGGGUUCUGAUAAAACUCUUACCAAGAGUGUGAUGACGCUUGAGCAACAUACUCGAGAGGUGCUUGUGGAAUCCAAACUUCUUCUUGUAGAGUUUAAUAUCAAUUACAUGCAGCUUGGUGUUGAAAGUGGAGGCCGUUAUAUUUCGGUUCUGAAAGUGUUCGGAACAAAUGCGCAUUUUGUAAAGCGGCCUUAUGAUGCUAUGGUUUCCCUCACAGUCCACGGGCUUUACCUUGUGGACACAUUGCAGACAUAUGGCUCUGACUUUGAUCUACUUGUUGCAUCUCAUAAACACCUAAGUUUUGAUGUACCUACUGGGAGUCUUCUAGAGAGCCAGCCCACCUCACCUGUCUCCUCAGAUGGUAAAUCUCCAGAUCUGCCAGGUCUAAACAGGAACUCCUCAGAUCUUGCCUUUGACAAAACGUCUCCAGACGGCUCUCCCCCGAGAGACAUUGAGGCUCUAAUUAAAUUGGAAUACCAGUUUGUUAGCUCAGACUGCCCCUCCAUGAACUUGGACAGCUCUUUUCAGGUUACCUCCUUGCAGGUCAACAAUCUUGAUAUCAUUCUCAACCCUGAAACCAUCGUAGAGCUUCUGAAAUUCCUCCAGCAGUCUUUUCCCAAAGACGAAAACACUCCAGCACAACAGCUAGCACCUCUUCCAAAUGGAGACCACGAGGAGACCUAUCAGUCCACUUAUGACCAGAAUAAGGAAUUAACUGUAGAAAUCCACAGGUUAAAUUUGCUGCUUUUGCGAACUGUUGCCACUGGAACUGUUUUGGGAGGUGAGAAGAAAGGCAUGAAAAUUGCUACAGCCAGUAUUAAUGGGACAAAAGUCAACGUUUCCAUGGGAAGUCGAUAUGUUGUCAAUGGCUCUCUAGGAUGUAUCCAACUUGUAGACUUGACUCAGGAAGGUGGCAGAAGUCAGUUUGUGGUCAGUAUUGGAAGUGUGGAAGACAGUUCCUCCACAGAUGGUGUGGCAUUGUUUCCCAGUACUGCAAUGGCUCCUUCUGAAGCUUUGAGUUUUCACUUUUUGGAAAAGUCUCAGGGAGAAUGCUCUCUUAAACUUCAAAUGGCAUCUCUACACUAUAACCACUCAGCAAAGUUCCUAAAAGAACUCAGUUUAUCUGCAAAUGAGGUAGAGGACAACUUCUGUUCUAUGCUGAAGAAUGCUGCUACAAAAGUCUCUACUGUAUUGGCCACAAAAACAGCGGAGUACAGUGGUAUGGUGUCUCUCUUUGAGACCCCUUGUAAAAGAUCCAGGAGGAAAAGCCAGUGUAACUGGAUGAUUGACCCUUUCGAGGAUGAGGAUUUCUCCGUCCCUGAAAAGGAACAUGGCUUGGAUUCCUUUCUGGUCAAACUAACUCUUGAUGUCAGUAUAGAAUCCCCUGUUGUGUCUAUUCCUAGAAAGCCUGGUCACCCUGAGCUCCUGGUUGGACACCUGGGGAGCAUAAGUAUUCAAAACUUUAUUGCAGGGCAGAACUCAGAAAGGGAGAAACUGCAGGUUAAGGUAAAGGAUAUAAGACUGUAUUCAGUCAAUACAAGUAACCUGGUGUUGAGGAAAGGAUCACGACUUAAGAGCAGCUCCACUUCUGGUCCAUCUCCUUCUCAUACCGGCAGCAUUACUGUGAAUGAGCCACAAUUUACACGCCAUGACUUCUUUGACUACCUGAGCAGAGGAAAAGCUUUUCAUAUUCUAAAAGAUACCACCAUCCAGCUGACUGUCGAAAAAGUUCCAGUUGAUAAAAACUCAGAGUUGAUCUUUUCGUCUUGUGAAGAGCCUUACCAGAGCACUGGGCUACUGAGAGUGGAAGGCAGAUUUGUUAAUGCUGUCCAGGUGUGUCUCUGCAAGCCUGUGUAUGAGCAGGUUCUUCAAACUCUCGAUAAUCUUUCCUUUAUCGAAGAUGAGCGAGUAACGCCCAGUCAGCCCCCUACACCACCACCCCCCACACCCUCCUCUACUACACCACACCGCUUUCCUGAUCCACAGGGUGGGCUGUUUGCCCAGGACCCUCCUCAUGUUGGCCUCUCUUACUCCUCAUUGUCAUCUUGCCUUUCAGCAACACUUCCGUUGCAGAAUGACAGCCCCCCUCUCCAGCCUCCCUCUUUCACCCAAGUGAGGGCCAUCUUUAGGGUCUCUGAGCUGCAUGUGCAAUUGAGUGGAGACCUCAGUCAAGGCUCUCAAGGCCUUGUUAGCCUCCGCUUCCAAGACCUGGAGGGAGAUUUUACCAAAGAUCAUCCCCAUUCAAUGUCCAUCCAACUAGCCCUUCACUCCCUGUUAAUGGAAGAUUUACUAGAGCCAAACCCUGAAUCAAAGUACAAACACCUCAUGGUGUCCAGAGGUGCUCCAAAGCCCUCUACCUUCAGUCCUAAAGAAUACUUGUCAAAUUCUUGCCCAUUAUCAUCCAACAUUUUAUGCCCAGAAAUGCCACGUUCUCUUCCAGCACAUUUUGAAGAGACACAAAAUGUCUUCCAGUUCUAUCAGAGGCAUCCCAGUACGCCAUCUGCAUCCAGUCGGAAAAGCAAGAAGGAUGCAGAGUGUCCCAGCACCCCUCCCCCAUCCCCAUCUCGCCAGACUCCAUCUCCACACCCACGAUCAGACUUUGAUGACUCUUUGGUACAUAUCAGUGUGCUCAUGGUAGAUAGGCGGCACCCUGAGUUUAAGACACGGUAUGGCAGUAUCGGGCGUAGUGUGGAUGUAGACUUCAACUGCCUCGAUAUUCUCAUUACAUUGCAAACCUGGGUUAUGAUUCUGGACUUCUUUGGCAUUGGUUCUACUGCUAAUAAUCAUGCUGUGAAAGUGCCUACCACUGCCAUGCCACAGCCUACACCUGAGCACUCUCUACACAACACUUCCCUCAAUGAUCUUGGAGAUCUGUAUCCAGAAUUUGAGGAAAGGGUCAACACUAAGCUAGAUUUAAAGAUUCACUCUUUAUCUUUGGUUUUGAGACAGAAGACCAGUGAGCUCGCUAAAGCUAGUGUCUCUAAAUUGUUUACACAUGUUGAAAUGAUUGAUGGAGAUCUGGCAUUGCAAGGGAAACUUGGAAGUUUGUCACUGAGUGAUUUGACGCCUCACGGUGAUCUAUACAGAGAGCGUUUCACAACACAUGGUGGAGAGGCUCUUGUCUACAACAUACACAAGUAUGGAGAGCCUGACCCCUACCUGCAGCGGGAAUAUGAUAUUAAGGUGUCUGUCCAGAUGGCCUCAGUACAGUAUGUCCAUACCCAGCGCUUCCAGGCUGAGGUGGUGGCCUUCAUCCAACACUUCACGCAGCUACAGGAUGUCCUGGGCAGGCAGAGAGCUGCCAGUGAGGGUCAGGCUGUGCGUGAGCACCCACAGCGAGCUGCUCGUGUGCUGCUGAACAUCGAGGCAGGUGCUCCUGUCCUCUUGAUCCCAGAGAGCUCCCGCUCCAAACGGCUCAUAGUGGCCAACCUGGGCCAACUCAAAGUGCUUAACAGCUUCCUGCCCGCUGGCACUCAUGGCACCUUCUCUCUCAGAGAUAAGGAUCGCGUAAAGGAUGCCCAGUCUGCCUCUGGAGCUGGGAAGACUAGUGAGAAAACGUCUGUUAAAAAGACCAAAGCUCCAAGCUCCAGCACAAGCUCAGGAUUUAUCCGGGGCAGACCACAGACCAGCCUUGGAUGCAUCCCUGAAGCAGAUGUGCCAUCUAAUCCAGAAGACCAUGUGUGUCUGCUGGACUGCAUUGCUCUGGACCUGCAGGAGAUGGACAUUUUUGCAGCAGAGUGGUUACCCUGUGAGCCAUGGGACAGUAUCGGGAAGCAUCUGGAUACAGACUUGAUCUUCCCAUCCUAUUCAGUGCAAAGGAGCGGAGACAGCCUGCUGAAAGAGCGCUGCCAUCUAAAGCUGAAGGUGGAGCGAAACCUUGACAAGGAGUUGAGUCAUGCUGUUCCAGAUAUGUCCAUCCAUGGCUGUCUGUCUUCUGUCCACUGCUCCCUGUACCUGGAGAGGUAUCAGCUGAUCCGUGGCCUCCUUGACCACAACCUGGGAGAGCCCAUAGAGGAGUUCCUCAGACCUUACAAUCUCCAGGAUCCAAGCACCUAUACCGUGUUAAGUGGUGAUGUGUACACAAGCCUCUCUCUUCUGGUGGACAUGAAAGAUGUCAGUCUGGAGUUUCUAGACAACCACAAAUCCACCGGUCAAAACCACUCCUUGGCCAGAUUUGACUUUAUGAAAUCUAAGCUCCUAUUUGAGAGUUUCUCCAAUGGUUCCAAGUCUGUGAACCUGGUGUCUCAUUCACUUCUGGCCCAUGACACUCGAUUUACUGGCUGUAGUGGUCCCACAGAAGGCAAGAACAAUGUGUUUGAUUGCAUUCUGCAGCCCUCUAGGACUGGCACCAACCGAGCCUCCCUGCAGCUGGAGCUACAUUACAGAUCUACACGGGACUCCUCAAGCUUCACAGUGGUUUUAAACAAUCUGCGAGUCUUUCUUAUCUUUGAUUGGCUGCAGCUGGUGAAGGACUUUCUGCGCAUGCCUGUAGAGAAAGAGGCAGCACUUUCCCACCAGCGCUGGCCCAGCGGCAGCAGUGACAUAGGCAUUACAGGGGCUGUCAUGCCCAAAACUGUCAAGAGCGGCGUGGUCACUAAGCGAUCCACUGUGCCAGUCACUCAAGAUAAAUACCUGGAGGUCAAGAUCAAUGUGACAGGGACGGAGUUUGUGGUUGUCGAGGAUUCUUCAUGUUUGGAUACCAAUGCUAUCAUCCUGAAAGGCACCACUGUGCUUACAUACAAGCCUCGACUUCUGGACAGGCCUUUUUCUGGCAGCCUAGCUGGCAUUGAGGUGUUCUCUUGUCGACUGGGCAGUGAGCAGGAAACCGCUUUGUCUAUCAUUGAUCCUGUCAAUGUACAGGUGGAGCUCUGUGGAAGCCCAACGUACCAGAGCAGCUCAGGACUUCUGGAUGCCUUCAACAUAGAGGACUUUCCACCACUCCUGGAGAUACAAUUCCCUGCUCUAGACAUCCGUCUCUCCUACAAUGAUGUGCAGCUUUUCCUGGCAAUCGCGAAGUCCAUCCCCACCACAGGGUCUCCUGGCCCAUCAGACACUGCCGCAGUAGCUGAGAGUACAGCAUCCACUGCUAGCACAGACACUCUGUCCAAACCAAAAGACAGCUUCAGACACAAGACAGAGGCCUUACUGGAAGGUCAGCUUAAGCGGUUACAGGACCUUGGUUUCAGAAAGGAAGACUGCAGACGGGCCCUCAUUCACUGUAAAGGUCAGUUGGACCAAGCUGCCACAUGGCUGUGGGAGAACGCAGAGAGCAUGUCUGGCCGUAGCAGAGCUGACUCGGAUUCAAGUAGCCACUCGGUUCCUCCCCUCUCCGGAGUGGAGGUGAAGGCCGAGAGUGUGUGCAUCUGCUUCAUCGAUGACUGCCUGGACUGUGACGUCCCACUGGCAGAGCUCACCUUCUCACGUCUUUGUGUUCUCCAGAGAAUUGGAUCAAUGCAAGAAGGCAAGGCUAGUUUCACUCUGUCUGCAGAUUAUUACAACAGAGAACUUUCAGGCUGGGAGCCGUUCAUCGAGCCCUGGCCGUGUUUUCUGGAUUGGCAGCGGCAGGCGGCAGGCCGGCUCCAUCCUCCACGUCUUAAGAUUGGAGUUCGAGCCAAGCAGAGGCUGGAUCUCAACAUCACCUCUGUUUUACUGGAGCAGUACAUCACCACCAAGACUUCGUGGUUAGCAGAUUACUGCAAAAAAGAUGAGCAGUCGCCACAGUCCACCCCUGCCCUUUCCUGGAUGGGAUCGUCAGUGGAUCCCCCCUCUUUUGGCCAGAGUCUUCCUCUUGCCUACCUUAGAACUAGAAGCUCUACCAGCUUGACUUGUCUUGAGCAGCAGAUUCAUGCACGAGCGGAUGUGAAGCUCUCCAAGAGGAGGCAACCAUUUGUCCCAUAUGCCUUACGCAACCACACUGGCUGUACUAUGUUGUUUGCUACCCUCACUACUACACCAACCAGAGUGGCACUGUCUCACAGCAGUAGCGCUGACUCCAUAUCUGAUGUGCAUGGACCUGGGACAGACGAUACCCACAACAUCAGCCAGUGGAGAGAAGUGCUGCCAGGAGAGGAGAUCCCUUUUGAGUUUGAGGCCCGGGAGAAACUGAGACACAGACAUACCCAUGAGCUGAAACUGCACCAGCUGCUGGUGCGAGUGGUGGGCUGGGAGCAGGUGAAGCCAGUAUCAGUAGACAAGGUUGGAGUGUUCUUCCGUUACGCUGCCCCUGAUCGAAACAACCCCUCGAGCACUGUUGGCAGCCCAAUCAGCAGAACCAACAUCAUACACCCUCAUGUAUAUUUCUCAGCUUUGCCGCCUGUCAGAGUGGUUUUCUCUAUUACCAUGGAGGGUAGUGCACGGAAAGUAAUUACAGUCCAGUCUGCGCUCACAGUGAAGAAUCGCCUUGAGGUCCCCAUGGAAGUGCGACUAGAUAGCCCCUCUGCACCAGACAAACCUGUUGUCCUACCACCCAUCCUGCCUGGAGAGGCCUUGCCCAUCCCUCUCCAUCUGACCUCUUGGAGGCUGCAGGCGAGACCUAAAGGCUUGGGAUUGUUCUUCUGUAAAGUACCCAUCCAUUGGACCACUGUGGAACGUCCUGGUGAGGUCAGCAGCAGCAUGAGGGAGUGCCAGUCAGUAGACUUUGAUGACCACCUCAAACGUAGCUUCAGGUUUUGUGUUGUCAUUAAGAAAGAGAACUACCCCGAACAGCAGCCUGCCAAAACUGUGGCAGGAGGUACAAAUCAGAUCUACCGCCAGCCGGGUCACACCAUCUAUCUGCUGCCCACUCUGGUGCUGGCCAACCUUCUGCCAUGUGACAUCAACUACUACAUAAAAGGGACCUCGAUCAAGGGAACCAUGAAACCGGGCAAGGAGGCAGUGCUGCAUGCAGCAGACACAUCGCAAAACUUAGAAUUAGGUGUGCUCCUAGAGAACUUUCUGGACUGUAAGGAGCUGCUCAUUCCUUCCGGAACACAGAACUAUGUUGUGCGUAUGCGGCUAUAUGAUGUAAACAAACGACUGCUCUGCCUAACCAUACGGAUUAUUCUCAGAGCCCAUGGAGCACUAAAAAUCCUCAUCUCUGCUCCCUACUGGCUUGUCAACAAGACCGGCCUACCUCUGAUCUUCCGUCAGGACAAUGGGAAAACAGAUGCCGCUGGGCAGUUCGAAGAGCAUGAGUUAGCCAGAAGUCUGAGCCCUCUACUCUUUUGCUACACCGACAAAGAGCAGCCCAAUAUGUGCACAAUGCGGAUUGGUAAAGGGAUUCACCCAGAUGGUGUUCCAGGAUGGUGCCAGGGUUUCUCUCUGGAUGGUGGUAGUGGAGUGAGAGCAGUCAAAGUAAUCCAGCAUGGCAACAGACCAGGACUCAUCUAUAAUAUAGGAAUAAAUGUGAGAAAAGGGAAGGGGCGUUAUCUUGACACCCACAUUGUGACCUUUGCCCCGCGGUAUUUGCUUGACAAUCGCUCGUCUCACAAGUUAGCUUUCUCUCAGAGGGAAUUUGCCAGAGGAAAGGGCAUAGCAAAUCCAGAGGGCUAUAUCUCCACUCUGCCAGGCUCCAGUGUUGUAUUUCACUGGCCCAGAAAUGACUAUGAUCAGCUUCUCUGUGUCCGUCUCAUGGAUGUGCCCAACUGUACCUGGUCUGGAGGUUUUGAGGUCAACAAGCCCAAAUCUUUCCACAUCAACAUGAGGGACACAUUGGGAAACUGCUUCUUCCUGCGUGCUGAGAUUGCUUUGAAAGGUGCAACACAUCAAAUCUCAUUCAGUGACACUGACCAGCUGCCUCCACCCUUCCGCAUAGAUAACAUCUCUGAGGUGCCUAUCCAGUUCUGGCAACAUGGGGUGGCUGAUAUCAGGCUGCGCACGGAGGUAAAAGCUGGUGCAGUGCUGGACUAUGCCUGUGAUGAACCCAUACUGCCCCCAUACCUCACUCUCAUUGUGAAAGGAGCCGGAUCAUCAGAGGUCACUGCUGACAUGAACUUCUUCAGAGAAUACAACAAGCUCUACUAUGAGAACUUUAUCUACAUUGCGGCAUCCUUCACAUUUUCAGAAGAUGCUGGAAAGAGGCCAGUGGGGAAGAAGCGGGCAGUCAAUUUUUCUGAACUGGUUCUGGAUGUGGAGACAAAAACUCAGAGAGUCAUACUGAAGAAAAAGGAGCCUGGCAAGCGCUCCCAGCUGUGGCGGAUGACAGGAGCAGGAAUUCUAUGUCAUGAGGGCUCAUCUCCUCCUCAGAGUAAACCUUCCCAGCCAAGACCCCUAAGUUCAUCUUUAGUGCUUGACAUUGCUGGACUGGCCGCCGUAACUGACAACAGCUAUGAGCCUCUGAUGUUAAGACGGCCAGACAAACGCCGCAGCACCACUCAGACAUGGCACUUCAGCUCUGGCAUGUUGACCUGUGGUUUACCCAGACUAGUCGUUCAGGUGAGGGGUGGAGUAUCUGGGCUGUAUGAUGGUGCCCAAGUGGUACUGGGUCCAGACUCUGGUGUUUUGGAACCGACCCCAGCGCAACAGUUUAUCAACCAAAAAAUGAGACCUGGCUCAGGGAUACUGUCUGUGCAGGUACUGCCUGAUGGGCCCACACGAGUACUACAGAUCAGUGACUUCAACCAACGGCGCAUGAAUAGACCCUCUCCCAGCACAGAGGAAGUCCUGAAUAAAGAAUCUGUUCAGAUGAAAGUUCCUGAUGAGGAGCUGGAGGUGUUGGUGAACCUGGAUGAGGGAGUGGGCCUGUCAUUGGUCAAUAAACUCCCUGAAGAGUUGGUGUUUGCCACCCUGUCUGGCAUUGAUGUGCACUUUACCCACACUGCUGCCAGCCAGGUGUUGGAACUUACAGUAAUAGACAUUCAGGUGGAUAACCAGCUCCUGGGUACCACUCACCCUGUUAUGCUGUGUGUGACUCCAGUCUCCAUUGAAAGCAAUGCAGUGGACUCAGGCCCUGCUCUGCAGGUCAAUGCCGUUAAAGUGCCCAGCAGCCUUAUGUUCACAGACCUUUUUAAGCACCUGAUGGUCACAGCUCGCCGAUAUACUGUCAUCAUUGAGGAAAAGCUCUUGUUGAAGCUACUCACAUUCUUUGGCUAUGGGCAGACAGAGGGAGAGGUGGAGAAGCUGGAUGAGAACCUCUACGAGAAAGCCAGUGAAGAUGCUGGAACACCAAAACGCUAUUAUUUUGAGAACUUAAAGAUUAGUCUUCCUCAGGUCAAGCUGAGUGUCUUCACCUCUCAUAAGUUGCCCCCUGAUCUCAAGGCCUUGAAAGGAACCCUGGGGUUCCCACUCAUUCGGUUUGAAGAUGCAGUCAUUAACAUGUACCCCUACACUCGGGUCCACCCCUAUGAGACGCAGGAGAUGAUAAUCAAUGACAUUCUUAAGCACUUUAGAGAGGAGCUAAUCAGUCAGGCAGCUCAGAUCCUGGGUUCAGUGGACUUUCUGGGCAACCCAAUGGGCCUAUUGAAUGACGUCACAGAGGGUAUGAAUGAACUCAUCAAGUACGGCAACGUUGGAGGACUCAUCCGCAGUGUCACGCAUGGUGUUUCCAACUCUGCUGCCAAGUUUGCAGGUACCUUAUCUGAUGGAUUGGGCAAGACUAUGGACAACCGCCACCAGACAGAACGAGAAUACAUUCGCUAUCAUGGAGCUACCAGCGGAGAGCACCUUGUUGCAGGGGUUCAUGGUCUUGCUCAUGGCAUCAUUGGUGGUCUGACCAGUGUCAUCACAUCAACUGUGGAGGGAGUGAAGACUGAGGGGGGUGUCAGUGGAUUUUUCUCUGGUCUGGGAAAGGGAUUGGUUGGCACGGUGACCAAACCUGUGGCAGGAGCACUGGACUUUGCCUCUGAAACAGCGCAAACUGUCCGAGACAUGGCCAGUCUAAGCAACAGGCUGAGUGUGCAGCGGUUGAGAAAGCCACGUUGCUGUACUGGCCCUCAGGGGCUGCUGCCUCGAUUCUCCUCCCUACAAGCAGAUGCACAAGAACAGCUCUUUCACUUGACGGACAGUAUCCACUCUGAAUAUUUCAUUGCAGUGGAGCCUCUAGACACGUACUGUGUGCUGAUCUCCUCCAAAGUGGUGUAUUUUCUCAAGCCUGGGGAAUACAUGGAUCGUGAAGCAAUAUUUUUAGAAGUCAAAUAUGAUGACCUCUAUCAUUGUCUGGUGUCCAAAGACCAUGGAAAAGUGUAUGUACAGCUUACCAAGAAAGCUGAAAGCACCAGUAGUGGAGUGGCCAUUCCAGGUCCAUCACACCAGAAACCUAUGGUCCAUGUGAAAAAUGAGAGCCUUGCUAUCAAAAUUUCACAAGAAAUCAACUAUGCCAAGAGCCUUUACUAUGAACAACAGCUGAUGCUGCCUCCCAGCGAAAAUGAGGACAUCUUAUUAUUAGAUUCUUAACCAAACACCAAACAGGGUGGUUGGGGUUUCAUGCUAAUUUUUCAACUGCUAUUUCCUUUUUUUCUGUUUCUGUGGAAGGAUAGUAAUAAAUCAGCAGAGUGUGAUCACCCACUUAGGCCAGUUGACGGGACAUGCUCACAAGCUAGUCAAGAGGGGUUGCUAUAAACCUUGGCAAGCACAGAUUUAACUUGAAUAUAUAAGUAAUUUAUCAAGUUCCCUGAAAACCUUAGAUUAAUUAAUGUUUUUGUUUUAUAAUUGUUUCUACAAUUACUUGUGAUUGUCGCUAGAUGUACACAGCUAGUCUGACACUGUAUAUGUUUGUUUAUAGAUCCUCUAUGUACAUAAAUAGGCACAUACCAAUAGGACAUUAUCUGCCAUGUAUAUAAAAUGUUGAAAUGUAAUAUUAUAUGGGAUGGAAUGAAUCUUGGAUUGCUGUACAAAACUGCCUUUAAAUGAAAGUUCAUUUCUGAAUGAGAGUUUGGAGUGAUUGUCCAUUAUGAAUGAAUUGCACUUAUAUAAAUUAAGGGAACUGCAGCUGCCCUCAAUAUUCACCGACGAACCAUCAGUAACACAUAAAUACACACACUACUGGUCAAAAGUUUUGAAACGCACUCAUUCUUUAUUACAAUUUUUUUUUUUCACCUUUUAGAAUAAUAGUAAAGUUAUCAAAACUAUGGAAUAACAUAAAUUGAAAUAUGGGAAUUAUGUUGUGACUAAACAAAAUCUAAACUAAAUAAAACUAUGUUAUAUUUUAGCAUCUUCAAAGUAGUCACACUUUGCCUAGAAUUUGCAGACAUGUACUCGACAUUAUCUCAAACAACUUCUUGAGGUAUCACACUGGGAUGCUUUUUAAACAGUAUUGAAGGAGUUCCCAUCUAUGUUGGGCACUUAUUGGCUGCUUUUCUUUAUUAUUUGGUCAUCAAUUUAAAAAACUUUUUUUUUUUUUUUAUUAAAUUUGAGUUUUAAGAUCAUGAGAAACUUUUCAAGCAAGUGUUUCAAAACUUUUGACCAGUAUUGUACAUGCACAUCUACACAAAAUACAGAGAAGAAGAAUAAAUACUGUUUAUAUAAUAUACUGCAUCACUGCCUUUUUCACUUCUUCAUGUGCAGUCCACCCUCUAAAACUGGUCUGGGAUUUUUUUCUCAUAGUUUAUCUUUUCUUGCCUCUUCUGUAACUCUUUUAAUGAAUGUAAUGAAAUUAGGAUUGCAAAUGUUGUGUUGCUUUAUAUCUCUUAAAGUUUAAACUCUGAAACACAAUCAACAUAUAUUGCAACAUAUAAUGUUGGUGUUUUGCAGUGCUUAAGCUUACAAUUAUCUGCCUUUUAUAGAUUCCCUUUUUUGAGGUAUUCAUUACAUUUCCUCCUGCAUAUUUCUUACGGACAACCAAAGAUCAGACAUUACUAAUUUUCUCUCUCUCUUUUAAAAAGGAACAACAACCUUUCCACUUCUUUGCUUGAUUUUUAUCAUCCAUUUAUCUACUAGUCUAUCAAACCUGUUUAUUGAAGCAAUUUUUUUAUUUCUGAGACUGUUACUCCAAGAAUGUUGGUCAGUAUACUUUAGGAUAACACAACCAUUACACCUAAAGUCAUGUGUUUUCUAAGUUGUGUGUAAUUUAAAUAUGGAUAUGUUGAAUACACGAACAUACAAACAGGUGUCUCCUAAUUAAGAUACAAUUGCACAAACAUGCAAAGUAAAAUAUAGUGUGUACAUUUUUGUUGUAAUAUGCAAAUGUAUAAAGAAUAAUAAUUAAAAUUAUGGUUUA